AUGCAACAUACAAUGUCGUUUAGGAUAUUUCUUCGAAGGUAUGCCACUAAGCAUGAUCUGAGUAAAGUCAGAAACAUUGGCAUCAUCGCGCACAUCGAUGCUGGUAAGACGACAACCACCGAACGAAUGUUGUAUUACAGUGGGAAGAUCAAUAGAAUAGGUGAUGUAGAUCAAGGUGAUACUAUUACAGACUAUCUACCGCAGGAAAGAUCGAGAGGAAUAACGAUUCAAAGUGCCGCUAUAUCGUUCAAUUGGAAGAAAGAUUAUAAGAUCAAUCUUAUCGACACACCUGGCCAUGCUGAUUUCACAUUCGAAGUUAUCAGGUCUUUGAAAGUUCUAGAUAGCUGUGUCACCAUCUUGGAUUCUGUAGCAGGGGUGGAGGCUCAGACUGAAAAGGUUUGGAAGCAGUCAAGUGGCUUACCCAAGAUCUGUUUCUUAAACAAGAUGGAUCGAGUCGGUGCUGGGUUUAGCAGGACAGUGAAAGAACUUGUCGUCAAAAUGAAUACCAGAGCAUUACUUAUAAAUACCCCAAUAUUUCAAGUAGAUCCUGUGACGAAUGAGUCAAAGUUCAGUGGUGUGUUGGAUUUAAUAUAUGGGAAACAGUUAAUCUGGGACACCAAUGAUCCAGACAAGAUAAAUGUCACUGAUGUCGAUGAAAAUCAUGACUGUUAUGAAUAUUUGGUUAGAGGAAGAGAAGCAUUGGUGGAAACUCUUGGUGAGACUGAUGAAUCUAUUGUGGAACAUUUUUUCAAUGAUGCUGAUGGAGAGUACCUAAAUGUUUCACCAGAAGUGUUGAAUGCAUCUAUCAGGAAAGCCACGAUCUCUUUAAGUGCAACGCCAGUUCUUUGUGGUGCAUCUUUUAGAAAUAUCGGUGUGCAGCCUUUGCUCGAUGCCAUUGCAAACUACCUUCCAUCUCCUUCAGAAGCAAGACCUCCAGAAUUGAACCACAAGAACGUGCCAAUCACGCAAAACCCUUUAACUGGAUUGGUAUUGAACAAAAACCCAAACCUGUGUGUCGCUUUGGCCUUUAAAGUCAUUACAGACGCAAUUAGAGGUACCAUGAUCUUUAUCAGAGUGUAUUCAGGAGUUUUACGUUCUAACCAUACUGUCUACAACACCACAACUGGGACCAAAUUCAAGAUUGGUAAACUAGUUAGGAUGCAUGCUAACGUUCCCGAAGAAGUCAACGAACUAUAUCCAGGUGAUAUUGGUGUUCUUACAGGAAGCAAUGUUUCGGAACAUAUCAGAACUGGCGACACUAUUGUUACUCAUGUAACCAAGAAAGAUGGGUUACGUUCUUUUGAUAAGAACGUAGAGCUCACAUUGAAGAUAAACCCAAUAGAGAUCCCUCCACCAGUAUUUAAUGCUGCCAUUGAACCAAAAACAUUGGGUAACAAAAAGCCAAUGGAACAAGCUUUGUCACAAUUGACUAGAGAAGACCCCUCCCUUGUGGUAACACAUGAUGAGGAGACUGGACAAACUUUGUUGAGCGGUAUGGGGGAGUUACACUUGGAUAUUGCGAGAGAUAGACUAUUGAACGAAUUAAAUGCACAAGUUGAUGUUGAAAGAGUUAUUGUCUCCUACAAAGAAACAUUAAAUCAUUCUACCCAAGAAAAAACGUUGGAAACCGAUGAUGGAUACAAGAUUACCGCUGUAAUCGAGCCAUUGGACGAAGAGAUGAAAGCUAAAGCGAAGAAGGACGAAGAAUGGUUCUCGUUAGCGAAUGAUAAUAAUUUCAUGAUCAUGGAAAAGCACACCAAGUAUGACCCGGAUAAAAACUGGCCUUUCCAAGUGCCUUAUGUUGCUGUCGUGAAUGCGUUAUUACCAAGUUCUCUAGUUGCAUUACAAAGAGGAGGUAAGAUCGGUGGGUUCCCAUUGAGCUCUUGUGUCAUUCGCAUUAAAAAUGACUGGGAUCUUCCAAUUGAUGCGCCAUCGAUUUCACCAUUGUUGACUUUAAGCAGACAGCUAUUUACUCAGAUACUCUUAGGAGAAGAUCAAUCUAACUACUCUGUUUUAGAACCAGUCAUGAAUGUCGAUGUCACUGUUCAACAGCAAGACAUGGGACCUGUUAUUCAAGAUCUGUCUAGUGCAAGAAAAGCAAAUAUCUUGUCUAUUGAAGAUGAGAAUACUAAUACUGUCAGCGAGUCUAACAUAAGGUUCCAACACAUUGCAGACAAGAUGUGGCUGCCUGAGGAUCCUACUUUAGAAUUCGCUAAACUUGGUAAAGAAGGACAGGCACCCAAGAUGGUGAAAGCCCAAGCACCUUUGAAAGAAAUGGUUGCAUACAACAAUAAAAUCAGAAGUAUCACACAAGGUAGAGGCUCAUUCAAUAUGUAUUACCAUGGAAUGCAGCCCGUUACUCAUGACAGACUACAAUCAGUUUUGGCAGAUUACCAUCAGUAA